AUCUGUAUGGAAUGAGGGAAGAGCGUUUGGAAAUGAAGGGAAAUCCCGACAAAGAGUGAAUGUCGUAGUAACAAGUGGAAGAAAGUGAAGCGGAUUAAGAGCAAAUCAAAUCACUUUACGCCCACAUCCUCCCUGAUCUGUGGGAGAGAGGCGUGCUGCAGCUGUGUGGGAUCCGUUUGCUGCGGAGAGAGAGAGAGAGAGAGAGAGAGACGGGAAGGAGAAGGACAGAAAGAGAGAGAAUGAGAGAGAAAGAGAGGAGGCUCCCUCAUAAACCCUAGGAUCAGAGGACACCGCUUUCUGUUUCUCGUGUGGACUAAAAUAAAACUGCCUUUAUUCAGGUCCUUGGAGAGCUUUGUAGCACCAUGUCAUUAGCGUUCAGAGUGCGUUUGGUGUAAUGAGAGGGCAGUUUGUGAGCAGAUGAUGGACGUUGAGGCGUCAUAUUCAGAGUUCAUAAACUGUGAUCGUACAGGUCGCAGGAACGCAGUGCCAGACAUUAAAGGAGAGACGGUAGUGGUGGGGACCAGUGAACUAACCAAAGACAUGGCUCAGAUGGACCUGAAAGCUGCAGAGGUAGAUGCUUCUGGAUCUCCAGCCCCCGAUGCAGAGGCCUCCGGGAGCCAGGACAAUCAGGGGAAAGAGGGACCGUCAUAAAGAUCAAGAAUGACCCGGAGGAGAGAGGAAAGCUGAGGAGUUCUCUCCUUUUCUCAUCAAAAUUCUCCUCAUCUUUGCUCAUCAGGCAACAGUGAAGAGUUCCUCUCAUAGACUGCCAUUAAGGUGGACGUCCACCCGUUGCAUGCUGUUGAGUGCCUAAGAGACAGAUGGAGAAGACACUGCCUUUGCAAACACCACUAAAUGGGACGAAUCUGUCAAGGACUGUAUUCAUUCACAGCGCUGAGUGAGGGAAAGUUGUUUUUUUCUUACAGAGGUUGAACAGAAGCACAGGCUUUUUGAUAUUUUUCCAACCUAAACUUAAACUAAACCGUUCAAUCUCAUGUUGAGCUACUGUAUACUAUAAAGUACCAAAUAUAGCCUUUUUGUUACUGCCUGACAUGGAUGGCUCAAUUUUAAUUCUCUUUUUUU